AUGACAGUUCCAAGUACAUUUAAAGGAUUCGCGUAUAAUGAAAAAAAAUGGAAUGAAUUGCGCAAAGUUGAAUUUCAACCUAAAAAAGUAAAUCCAGAAGACGUUGUUCUCAAGAUCGAAGCUUGUGGCUUAUGCGGAUCAGAUAUUCACACCUUAAAAGGUGAUUGGGGUGAAGUUUCCAGAAAAGACUUAGUUGUUGGUCAUGAAAUUGUUGGAAAAGUCGUUCAAGUUGGUAAUAAUGUUAGAAAUGUUAAGGUAGGCCAAAUUGGGGGAAUUGGUGCCCAAUGCAAUUCAUGUCUCCACUGUGAUAGAUGCCUGAACGACUACGAGAACUAUUGUACAGAGAUGGUUCCAACUUAUAACAAGGCAGAUCCACUGUCUAAUGAUUAUAUUACUCAGGGUGGUUAUGCUAAUUAUGCAAUUUGCAAUGAGCAUUAUGUAUUUCCAAUUCCAAAAGAAAUUUCUCCAAGCGAAGCAGCGCCCUUGUUAUGUGGCGGUCUUACUGUUUUUGCUCCCCUCACCCGUAGUUUAGGUUACAAUAUGACAGGAAAAAAAGUUGGCAUUGUCGGUAUUGGUGGUCUAGGACAUAUGGCAAUCAUUUUUGCUCAGGCUCUUGGUGCUGAAGUAACUGCUAUUUCAAGAUCAUCAGCUAAGAAGCAGGAUGCCAUUAAAAUGGGAGCAAAAUCUUUUAUUGCUACUAGUGAAGAUGAAAACUGGACUAACGAACAUGCUGAUAAAUUCGAUUUGGUAUUGAAUUGUGCUGCUAAUUACAGUUCUCUUGAUUUUAACAGUUUGGCUCUGAUAAUUAAAUUCAAAGGUGAAUUGAUUAUUGUUGGUGCACCUUCUUUGGAAGAAGGUCUUGAAAUCCUGGCUUUUCCACUUAUUUUAAAAAAAAUCACUAUUCUGGGAUCUGUUGUUGGAAGUAGAAAAGAUGCUCUUAAAAUGAUGGAACUUGUCGAUAAGCAUAAAUUAAAGCCAUGGGUCGAAGAAAUCCCUAUCAACGCUGAAAAUAUUGCAUCAUCCUUGGAAAGAUGUGAUAGAUCUAAUGUUAAAUACAGGUUUGUUUUCACUGGUUUUGAUAAGGAGUUUCAAUAA